UCGAGUUUGCAGUUGAGUGCGCCAGGGCAGUACUGCUGAAUUAUAUAACUUUAAUGUACUCACGGGGUUUAAUGGCGCAACAGCGGAGGACAGCGCCUCAGAUCUGUCGCUCCGUCGCGGAUUUGUCCUGAAUUUCCUUGCGCACAAAGUGAGCGACCACCACCUUCAUUUUUUUUCUCCCCUGCACCGGCGACGUGUGUUAAAAGUUACCGACACAUCGAGCCCAGGCUGGGGCGCGCACACGAUGGAUCGCUAAACUCCCGCGGGGUCAGCGACGCUCCUCUUGACUCGAGUUCGGAACAGUUCAACGCCGCGGACGAUGUUUCCCUGCCCCACGGCCGGAGAGGCAGCGACGGACCCGGCUGACAUUUCAAUGCGCAACGCUGCUGCGAGGAAGGGGCUUUAUCCGAGGGCUUGACUGGAUCGGUGGACGCUGCGUAAUUUCUCCGAAUAUUGUUUCAUCCAAACUCGGGACUUAAAACGGGAGAUGACCUGAGCGGCGGGGAGUGCAUUCCCCCUUUUCACCACAGGAUAAAGAAAUGGAUCAGGGUGGACUGAAGCGCAACGGUAAUCGAGACGACAGCCUGACAUUUGGGGAGACAGCAGAAGGCAGUGACACAGGUGACACGGCUGGUUCGCUGCUCCAGCCCGCUGCGAUGCACCUGCCCAGCCCAGGGUCCCUGCCCCAGCUCACAGUGGCCCCAAACGGACGGGCUGCAACCAAAGACCAGGGGGAGUUCGGUGGCCUCUUUGAGUCCCCUCGUGGCCAGUGUGAGGGGUCAGACAUGAAGGAGGGUAAAAUCAUCAGAUUGCAGAAACGACAACGGCCGGAUAUUGCUAUGUUCAACAUGGAGGACAAUUUGCCGUUGCUGAACCAGAGUAUUUCUGAUGUCGAACGGACGUCCACCUCUGUUAUCAGCACCUCACACACCUCCGUCCUGGGAAACCUGCCUUUGCCCAACCUUUUCCCACAGCACAUCAAGCAGGAGGGAGGUUUUUCUCUGGAAAAGGACCUGGGAACGUACGGCGGACAUACGGGCGGCGGUCCGUGUGAUUUGGAUGGCAACAACAGUCGCCUUAUUGAGGAUACAGAGAUUUGGCAAGACCUGGACCUUCCUAAUUCAUUGCCAGAAAUCAGUGAUUUUGAAUUGGAUUCAGAAGUGGCACACUUGGAUAACAUCCUACAUGACAGCAGCGGCAGUGGCAGUCCUGCCGGCAGCUUGCUCAGCGAAACAAAGGCUCUGGUGGGCAACGGAGGAAACUGUACCAAUGUGAAUGGCACGGACAGGCAGCACCAAUUACAGCAACAUCAACACCAGCAGCAGCAGCAUCGCCAACUGCUACAGCACCAGCAACAUCAGCUACAACAUCAGCAUCAGCAGCCUCCGUCGCUUCUCUCCAGCGUCAUGAUCAAGGAGGAGAAAGACCACGACAACACUUUCAUUCACAUCCGCACACCUGGCGUGGUCAAACAGGAGAAGCAGGAGAACGGCAGUUUCUGCCAGUCGCAGUGCCUCCAGAGCAGCAUGAGCUCUCUGCACGGAGGAGGCCCGAUGUCCUCGACCACAGGUGCCGGCACAGGACCUGGCUACCACUACAAAGCCAACCCGUCCUCCACCGUGGGCCUACAAGACCAGAAGCCUUUUGGCAUGUUCGCGAAUCUGCCUCCACUCGGGGAGAGCUGGACGAGGGGGAGCAGGUUUGGAGAGCCCUCCGGGAUACAGAGGGGCAACGAUGGGCUCCCCUCCGCAGCCAUGGCAGCCUUCUCUGUCAACUUCUCCAGCUCAUCUCCCAGAGCAGGAGAGAACAGCAGCUCUGCAGUGGCAGGCCAGUCCAAGCCCGGCGGUCAGACCCAUAAGAUCUGCUUGGUGUGUUCGGACGAGGCGUCGGGAUGCCACUACGGUGUCGUGACCUGCGGCAGCUGCAAGGUGUUCUUCAAGAGGGCCGUCGAAGGAUGGAGAGCACGGCAAAACACAGAUGGCCAACACAACUACCUCUGUGCAGGAAGGAACGACUGCAUCAUAGAUAAGAUCCGCAGGAAGAACUGUCCAGCCUGCCGCUUCAGGAAAUGUCUUCAAGCCGGAAUGAACUUGGAAGCGAGGAAAAACAAGAAGCUGAUCAAGAUGAAAGUGCACCGCCCCCCCGGAGCGGCGGAGCCCAUCAGCAGCAUGCCGGUCUCCGUCAUCCCCAGGAUGCCCCAGCUUGUGCCGACCAUGCUGUCUGUGCUCAAAGCCAUCGAGCCGGAGGUCAUCUACUCGGGCUACGACAGCACUCUGCCCGACACCUCCACGCGGCUCAUGACCACUCUCAACAGGCUGGGGGGGCAGCAGGUCAUCUCUGCAGUCAAGUGGGCCAAGUCACUGCCAGGCUUCCGCAACCUGCACCUGGACGACCAGAUGACAUUGCUGCAGUGCUCCUGGCUCUUUCUCAUGUCCUUCAGCCUGGGCUGGAGAUCGUAUGAGCAGUGCAACGGCAACAUGCUCUGCUUCGCCCCCGAUCUCGUCAUCAACCAAGAGCGAAUGAAGCUGCCCUUCAUGACCGACCAGUGCGAGCAAAUGCUGAAGAUCUGCAACGAGUUUGUCAGACUGCAGGUGUCCUACGACGAGUACCUGUGCAUGAAGGUCCUAUUACUGCUCAGUACAGUACCAAAAGACGGCCUGAAGAGCCAGGCGGUGUUUGACGAGAUCCGGAUGACGUAUAUCAAGGAGCUCGGGAAAGCCAUCGUCAAGAGAGAGGAGAACGCCAGUCAGAACUGGCAGCGCUUCUACCAGCUAACUAAGCUACUGGACUCCAUGCAGGAGAUGGUCGAGGGCCUCCUCCAGAUCUGUUUCUACACCUUUGUGAAUAAAACCCUCAGCGUGGAAUUCCCGGAGAUGCUGGCGGAGAUCAUCACCAACCAGAUACCAAAAUUCAAAGACGGGAGCGUCAAGCCUCUGCUGUUUCAUCAGAAAUGACUGCCUUAAAAAAAACUGUGAAGCAAUGACUCAAAUCCUCCUCCAAGAGCACAAUACCUGUAGCCCCACGGCUCCUAAUCCGCUCCCAGAUUUGGCCGGACUACAGUGCAGGAGGCCCGACUACCGACCUGUGGCCCUUCCUCUCGGCGAACCAGGAAGAAAUUUCGGCCUCCAGAGGAAAUGUUUCUGGCUCUGAAUGUCUUGUGGGCAGGCUGCAUUCUGGUGAUCUACCCCCCCCCCCCUGCCCAGCCCUGCUCACCUUCUCCUCCCACGUCUUUCCUGCCUCCAUUGUUCUACUGCUUUUCUUAGUGACCUGCCAACUCUUUACAACCACCGUUUCCUCCUCCCUGGAGCAGCGACCUGCUGUUCCUCUGCUCACCUGCCCGGCUUCGUCCCAGAUCCACUGUGCGGAGAAUGUAGUGAGCCACUCGCUUGUUGUGGUUUUUCAGAGAGCUGCUGGCGACGAAAGGGGGACAAACAAAACAAAACAAAAAACGCACGCACGCAGACAAAAUUAGAAACAUACAACACAAUACAAUCGUUUUUGUUUUCUCUCUCUCCCCCCCCCACCUCUGGACCCAAGGACAGUGAGGACAAACUGUUUUCAGCUGUUCACCUGACCACGGGAAGAAAAAAACAAAACAAACUGCCAGAGGAUUAUUCUCCCUUUUUUGACCUCACAUGCGAAAGUCACACAAACACACGCAGACAUGCAGUCACACAGAAAAAUGUUUACACAGGAUGUAUCCGAGAAGGGAAAACCAGUGCCUUUUAGCUUUUUCAAGCUCUUCAUAGCCAUCCUCUCUAAACCGUUGUUUCUUUGCAUAAGAAUGUAACCUCGACAUCCUUCCACAUAUUUUGUCUGUUUUAAUUUUUUUUUUUUUUUUUCCAUGCUGGCAAUUUUCAGUUUUCUUUCCAAAUUGCCAUUUCAGUGUUUUCAAAGUGGGCAGCUCUCUCUGUUCGGAUCCCCAGACGUGCACACGAGGACGAUCCAGUUAGAUGCAGUAGAAGCGUAGAGCAGCAGGACAUGUUAGGAUCUUCAUUUUUUACAUCGCAAAAAGUUUCAGCUAAAAGAACUUCAGGAUCACAAGUCUCACAAAAUGUUGUUUCAUGUGUCUUUUCCCCCGGUGUGACGUAUAUUAGAUAAAUAUACCGGAUCUCCCAAUUCAGAUCUCAUUGUGUUGAAGGUUACAGUACGUCGAUUAUUUCAACAGAUGUAAUGUUGAAUACACGUCCAGAUAUUUCCCCCCUCUUCUCCAGAAUGGCACUCAGUAGAGCACAUGCCUCCGCCAGGGUCCAACAUUCUCAUUAAAGUCAAUCGAGCUGAACCAAAUUUCACACACUCAUAGAUAACAGUCAUCUUAACGUGGCUGACUUUCUUUCAUACGGAUCCAUCAGUUAUUCCCAAGAAAAUCUGGUAAGAAAGUGAUAGAAAAUUUGCCUCUUUGUUUGGAUUUGCCACCAAAAUGUAACGGGUUGUUUCUUUGCCCGUGAAGUUUUGUGGAAAACUGUUCUGUAGCUUUUGCGUAAAACCAACAAUCAGACAAAUGGACAGGGGCGAAAAGAUAGAUCUCAAAGCGGAGGUAAAAAAAAUGAAGCAAAAGCUGCUUUGUGCUAAACUGAAACCACUGGAAAUAUCGGAUGUUUUGUUAUAUUUAGCAACAGACUGACUUAAAUAUUCCAAUGCUUUGACUAAUCAAGUUUUUAUCCGCUAACUUUUGCAAUUUAUUGCUCAAAUGGAUCUUUUUUGUCUUGGAGAGCAAAACUUAAUUUUUUUUAAAAAACAGAUCCCAUGAGUGUGUGUUGAUGAAAAGCCAUAAGUCAAAACCGUCCUGUCAUCGCCAGCUGCUUUAACACUGAGGAUCCAGUUUUAUUCACUUCUUUUUUAAAUACACUGUCAUGGAACUGUCUCACCUGGUCCGGCCGCCUGUUGCUAUCUCAGAAAUCACAGAGAGGUAAAGUACGGAGGGGAAUACUUCCUGGUGUGUGUUGCCACCUCAUAAGGUUACUAGACUGGUUCCAUUUUAGAGAUAAGGUGUAAUAAUUCUCAAACUUCAACAUACUUAAAGUUUAUGAUUAACUUCACUGUGUGGUUCUCCUGAUGGGUGAACAUUACCAUAAAAUACCAUUUUAGAUUGAAUCGACCCUUUAAUCAGCUUCAUCUCAGUGUGUUUGCACAAACCCGACCUGCAGUGAUUAUUAAGCUGUAGAGCUCCACAUGAAUGAAAAGGUAAAUACGUAUAUAUAUAUAUCUCUAUAUAUUUUGUAUAUGGGCUGUAGACAGACAUAAUCAAUGGAGCCUCUGUUCUCAGCACAAGAUUUCACCUCUAAAGUUGAAAUAUUUUUGGAAGAAGACGCAGUUUGGUCCAAAUAAUAUUUUUCGAUCUGAGCUCAGGCCCCGAGUGACUACAUCACCUGGAUGAUUUCCCACUAGUGCCAAAUGUAAUGUGCAAGCUUUGUGUUUUGAUUUGUUUUUUUGUUCUUUCUUUCUUGGAGUUGUGAUCGAGUGAUAAUUCAGUUGUGAUUUGACGACACGUGGCCCUUUGCUGAAGGUUCGUCGUUCAUGAGAGGGAUCUUCAGUUCAGCGUCGCACCUACACCAGCUUAAACAUACUGAUUGUUAUCAUUCAAGUGUAUGAUUUUUUUCCCCCCAGCAGAUGCACAAGAUGUUCUUUUUAUUUAAUUUUUGUUUGCAAAUUAAGCAGUACUUUCUAUUUGUUGUCGGGCAGGUGGUGAUCAGCAUUUGGGUACAUUUGUAACAUGAAAAUAUGAUUGUACCUUCUUAAUGCGACAGCCAAAGCAAAAAUACAUUAACAGUUGUACCCGGCUUCAGCGUGAACACAAUGCCCCCCCCCCCUCGUAAUAGACACUGUUCUAUUUUCCUUAACGUUUUUUUUGUAACUGCCGGGCCCCUCCGCCCUGAAACGUCGACCAUAUAGAUUUUCAGCUGUUUACUCUGAAUGGUACUCGUCCUCUCCGCGGCGCUUAAGUCUGAAUGGCGGUGAACAGACCAGGUAGCAGGUUGUCAUAGAGACCGGCCAUUUGUGUGUUACUCACCGCUAACAGCACAGCGGGCUCUGGACACACACGAGCCACUAUUCAUUAAGAAGCCAUCGUGUUUUUAAUCAGCCAUUCAGCCAAAGGACAGUCAUUCGCACCAGGGAUGUUUUCAUGUACAGAGCCGGCUCUCAGCCUCACCUGCGAACUCGCUGUUGUGGCCUUAGGCUUUAAAGAACAUGGGUUUGAUGCUGCUCACGUCCUUGUCGAUGAUUCCCGGGGGGGACGAUUUGACUAAAGCAUCGUCUUAUCUGUUGGGGUAACUUUGCGUACAGUAUUACAGUCGUUUCCAAGCCAUGGUGCUUCAGAAAACCAGCUUUAACACGUAGACGUAACCAUAUCCCUGCUCACUUCUUAAUGGCCAUAGGUGUAUAUAGCAGCGCAGACAUAUCCUCUAAACAUAAAGUGUCUAUUACUACAAAAUAUUUUUACAUAGACAUAACCUCUAUAUUCCUACACAUUUUCUCUUUUUGCCUUUUAGCUUCAUGUUUGAAUAAAGGCCUUUGCGAAAGGGAGACAGCGAGCCAUAGAAAUAAGAUUUCAAAUCAGGAAACAGAUUAAACCCUUAAGAAAUAUCGAUGCUUGUGGAGAUUGAUCUGUUGUAAAGAGAAAAAAAAAAAUAUGACAAUAUUUUCUGCAAUUUUGAGUACAUCCGCUUGAUCCUCUUUGAUAUAAUAGUUUUACUCAAAUCCUUUUUGUACAUUGAACGAGUCAAGAAAGUAAAUAUUUUUCUUUUUUCUGUUUGUUGGUUUGUGUUUGAUUUAAAAAGAAAAAGAAGAAAAAAAACAGAGGUAGACGUGUUGAAUACAUUAGGAAGUGUUGAACCUUUUUUUUUUGUCUUGUGAAGUAAAUGUAAAUUUUACGAGUCAAUGGGAAAGUCUACACGAGCGCUCACUGUGUUUUAAAUGUUAUGAGGAAAACGUAGGGGGGGGGGAGAAGGUUUAGUGUAAUAGAGUGACCAAAGCAGAGGAUUUAAAAUAAAAAAAUAAAAAGAUUUUAACAAACAAAAAGAAGUAUUCAAGUAGUUACAUUUUAAGUAGCACUUAUUAUCCAACUUGUAGUACUUCUUACUUUAUUCGAAAGGUAUCUUUUGUAAAGGUCAAGGCUUUGGAUCUCGUGUAUAUUGCUGUGAGGAUUUACUGGUCACUUUAAAAUAGGAAAAGAAUAAAAAAUAAUAAAAAAACCUGUUGAAUCUCCACAUGAAAGUAAAUCUGCCAGAGCCUGAUGGAAUUGCACUACCCUCCAACUGGUUGAUAAAAGUCUAUUUUGUAUAAAAUACAUGCAAAUAUUAUCUUUAAAGUUUAAGGGCAGAUCAUGUUUCAUUGUUAUAUAUGGCUAUGGCUUUCAUCGAAGUCUGUUCUGUUCGUAUUUCAGUUAUGUAAAUGUAAUCCAAUGUAAAAAAGACACAAAAAAAACAAACACAAAGUAUAAAAUGUUUGUUUGAAAAAAACAAUAGUUUCUAUAACUUCUGUAUUACACCUCUUCUGUAGUCAGUGUCGAUAUUUUCACCUAUUUGAUUAAAUGUUGAAUUAAGUUAUCUGUGUUGUUCUUUGACAUUUGACAUCCUGUCGGUAACAUCUCGAUGUUUUCUGUCAUCACUGGUUAAAAGCGGAAAUUCGGAAAAACUGAUUUCUCUUCAGUUCCAACAUCUUACACAAUAAAGUUUUCUGUUUUCCAA